AUUGUUGGCGGAUGGAGGCGUAGGCGGGAGGUUCUGGACGCACUACUUCCAGGAGGACGCCGUCUAGUAGAUGCUGUUGGGGCUCCUUGAUGCAGCAGUACAGCAGCAGUUGCAAUACCAGGAGCAGCAGUAGCAGCAACGCUAACAGUAGCACCGGAAAUCUUUCUGACGCGGUCAUUAGCGUGUUUAAAUGAGUUAAAGAAAAGAACAUUUUUAUACAUUCGUCUACUUAUGCCGUAGUCACCGUGACUGUGGGAGUUAACCAGACAAAGAAUAACCUUGGUGACGUGAUGGGUUUUAGGGAUAUAUAUAUGCAAAGGUAUACACAUGUAUCUUGAAACACGAAUAUCUCACGUAGAGCGGAACGCUUCAUCUUCGGAGACUAGACUUGGCGGGAAAAAAAGACCAACACAGGAUUCCUUCAAACACGCGCGCCAGAACAAGCAAAUCGCCCUCCAGGGAGUCCCUAAACUCAAGAGAACGAACAAGGAGUUACAGGACUAGAAUUCAGGGGUUGCACACAUUCAUCGGUCACGAUUUCCCCACAAGAAUCUUGCUUCAGGCGCCAGGGAGACGAGGAGCCACGACGGGGGUAGUUAGCUCUCAUCCCUAGAGUACGUGGGAGCUUCCUGUAAACCUAACUAGCAAAGUGUUCCAGAAGGCAUCGAAGUGUCACAGAAAGACAUCGAAGUUACUCCCGGAGCACUGGGGACGCAGGAGACAUCGAAGUGUCACAGAAAGACAUCGAAGUUACUCCCGGAGAACUGGGGACGCAGGAGACAUCGAAGUGUCACAGAAAGACAUCGAAGUUACUCCCGGAGCACUGGGGACGCAGGAGACAUCGAAGUGACAUAGAAAGACGUCGAAGUUACGGAGGCACUGGGGACGCUGGAGACAUCGAAGUGACAUAGAAAGACAUCGAAGUUACUCCUGGAGCACUGAGGACGCUGGAGACAUCGAAGUGACACAAGAGGCGGUGAUUUGACCCACAGAGCAUCGAAGUGACCAGGCAGACGGUCGAAUUCGUCGGCGCAAUGCGGUGCGCCACCAGCAGGGUCUUGCGGACGGCUCUCGACAUCUUUCUCUACCUUACGGUUGCGGCGGGACUUACAGUAACGUUGCUGGGCAUCAUCUCUCCCUCACACACUGUGGUGUCGUGUGAUGACCCCAGCAUCAGGAUGGCCUACCACUAUGAUACCAUCUCUGUAGGAAUGCUCCUCUGCAUCUCCCUCUUUGUUCCCUUCUUUGUGAUAUUGGCUAUAGAGUGGAUCAUGCCCUCAUCCCAGCUAGUCUUGGGGUCGUCACCAUUCCGUUUGGGGCUUCGUCGCAGUUGGGGGUACACUACGGACCUCUUUGUUGGUGGCUUGUUCAUGUUUUUCAUCAACGAUGUGGUAAAGACAGUUGUGGGAGAAGCUAGACCACACUUCUGGGACACUUGCAGACCAAACAUAACAUCUGUGCAAUGUCAACAACAAUAUAUUUCGGUGACUUGGCACGACUGUACAAAUCCAUAUGGACUUUCUCACCCAAAACUUGUGGACUCUAUGAAGUCAUUUCCAUCUGGUCAUGCUUCUAUUUCUGUCUUCUCAUCUAUUUUUAUGAUCGUGUACAUCAAGCAGCGUUUAUGGAAUGCCUUUUCCAUGCUGGUAGCUCCUUGGCUGCAACUGAUAUGGGCUAUAUGGACUGUAGUUUGUUGUCAGUCUCGUGUGUGGGACAACCGACACCACUGGUGGGAUGUCCUAUGUGGUGGUCUCCUAGGAGUCUUUGGAGCUUUUGUUACGCUGCAUUACUUCAGCAACUGGUUUAUUCGAGAAGAUGACAUUGAUAAGCCCAUUUCUAGAGAUGCACCCUUUUGUCGUCAAGAAGAUCAUGCGUCCAGGUUUACCCGCACUUCUAUCAAACGUCUUAUAUCCAACACUUCAGAAACCGACAACCACAGUGACCUUCGCCAUGAUGACCGAGAGCUUCGAGACAUCAACGGCACACCAUAGUCUAUAAAUAAAAACUGUAUUAAUGAGCAUAAUUCUAAUAUAAUUUUAUUGUAUAUAUUAAAUUAGCUCUACCAUAUUGUAAAGUUAUAUAUGUAUAUCUAUAUGUAUGAUAGUCCUGUGUAUGUAUACUUCCCUGUAAAUUUUACUCUUGAAGUAUGUAUUUUUAUACAUAAGAGCUUUCAGAGUUUGAUAAGACCUGUUAAUAUUGUACCAUAUUAAAAUAAAUUUUAAGAGUGAAA